AUGGCACGGCCACGCGCCCAUUCCGGUGCGGAGGGCCCCAAGGAGCCUCACGCCGUCUCUCUCAAAGUAUUGCGACUGUCCCGGCCCUCGUUAUCAUAUCAGCACCCACUGCCCACGGAGAACACGAGAAUCUCUCCCAAGGCAUCGUUAGCAUACCCAUCGAAUGACUUCGAUAGCCAAUUUAUUCUGAGUCCUAAUGUUACGCUUCCUCCUGCUUUCGGAUCUGCUUACGUUGGCGAGACCUUUGCCUGUUCAUUAUGCGCGAAUAAUGAAAUCCCUGAAGAAGACACUACACGGGUCGUCACCUCCGUCCGUAUUCUUGCUGAAAUGCAGACUCCGUCGCAAGUCGUACCCUUGGAGUUAAAGGGGUCGGAAGAUGAAACACAAACAGAAGGCUUAGGAAAGGGCCAAUCUUUCCAGAGGAUCGUCCAAUUCGACCUGAAGGAAGAGGGAAAUCACAUUCUAGCUGUCAGUGUCAGCUAUACCGAAACUCUGAUGUCGGAUAAUACCCACGCGGCGAGCGGAAGAGUGAGGACUUUUCGCAAGCUUUACCAAUUCAUUGCACAACCGUGUCUGAGCGUCAGAACGAAAGCUUCGGAGUUGGCUCCUCUGGAGGUGGAUAACAAGGCAUUAGGACCAUAUGGGAAGUCAAAGCUUCUCCGCUUUGCUCUGGAGGCACAGCUGGAAAAUGUCGGGGAUGGUCCCGUCGUGGUCGAGAAGACGAUAUUGAAUCCAAAACCCCCAUUCAAGUCCCGGUCUCUUAAUUGGGACUUUGAGCGACCCGACUCGCUAAAGCCGCAAAAACCCACCAUGAACCCGCGAGAUGUUCUCCAAGUCGCGUUUCUUGUCGAACAGGAGGUUGGCCAGCAAGAGGGUCUCGAAGCUUUACAAAAAGACAUGAAGCGCGACGGUCGAGCGACGCUAGGGCAACUCUCGAUCGAAUGGCGUAGCGCGAUGGGUGAUAGAGGAUUUCUCACGACAGGCAAUCUGCUGACCAGAAAGCGAUAG